CUUAGGGUGCUGAGCUGGGCUGGUGCCACCCCCCCCUGCCAUCUGCCCCUACACGGCCCAUCGUGUUCAGUCGCCAGGAGAUGAUGAAGAGGCUGGCUGAGCGGAGGAGAGGCAGGAAGAGGGCCCUCGCCUAAGGCACGGAUCCGCAGCAGCCCCCGAGGCGGCACACACCCUGGCUCCCUGACAUCCCCCCCAGGCCAGGAUGGGGCAGCAGUUCAGCUGGGAGGAGGCGGAGGCGGCCGGCGAAAUGGACUUGGCCGAGCUCCAGGAGUGGUACAAGAAGUUCGUGGUGGAGUGCCCCAGCGGCUCUCUCUUCCUGCACGAGUUUAAGCGCUUCUUCAAGGUCACAGGCAACGAGGAGGCCACCCAGUAUGUAGAGGGCAUGUUCCAAGCCUUCGACAAGAAUGGGGACAACACCAUCGACUUCCUGGAGUAUGUGGCAGCUCUGAACCUCGUGCUGAGGGGCACCCUGGAGCACAAGCUCAAGUGGACCUUCAAGAUCUACGACAAGGACCGCAACGGCUGCAUCGACCGCGUGGAGCUGUUGGACAUCGUGGGGGCGAUCUACAGGCUGAAGAAAGCCUGCAGGAUGGAGAUGGAGUCUGAGCAGCACGGACAGCUGCUCACACCCGAGGAGGUGGUGGACAGGAUCUUCCUUCUGGUGGAUGAGAAUGGAGAUGGCCAGCUGUCUCUGAAUGAGCUCAUCGAAGGUGCCCGCCGUGACAAGUGGGUGAUGAAGAUGCUGCAGAUGGACGGGAAUCCCGGUAGCUGGAUCUCUCAGCAGAGGCGGAAAAGUGCCAUGUUCUGAGGGGUCUGGGGUCCUGGGAGCCCAGUUCGAGUCCACAGGCCCCUCCAAGACUCCAGGCUCUCCAAGUUUCCAGAAUAGUGAGAGGGUCCCUGGCUCAGCCUGCUUGUGCCCACUCUUCUCUGGCACCCCCUAUGAAAGGGGUUGGGGCUGAGGGGGGUGGAUCGGGGCUGUCGGUCUCGAGUGGCCAACAGGACACAGUCCACUGGGAGGAUUUACUGGGGUGGUGAAGGGAACUGGCUUCCUCUCUCCUUUCAGCUGCUUCUGAGAAAACUAUGCUUCGGCUGGGUGGGUGUGGGGCGCCCACAGUUUCCUACCUGGUUCUUAGCUGGAAGCAGGGGAAUACUGAGGGAUUGGGGGGGUCCCAUAGACCAAAUUAGCAAUGAGACUGCCCCCACACUGUGAAGGCCAGGGGCUGGAAGGUGUCGGGACUGAAGAAAAAAUAGAAGUUGGGGGGUGAAUGUGAUCAUAAUUACAUCCUCCCAGGAUCCUGAAGAGUUCAUGGGGAGGAGUCUUGCCUCCCCCUCCCCAACUUGUCUUCACCAGGGGUGUCCGCAAGGGAAAAUUGCAGCCAGUAAAGCUCUGGUCUUCCAGCCCUCAGCUGUGCUUAAAGGAGCUGUUUCAGCUCUGCCCUGGUGCUG